GGGGGGUUCGUCGUCCGACUAAAAUACUUAGCGUACCGUGUGUUCCACGCUUACACAUUAUCAUUUUCCCCACACACACAUAAAAGUCCAUAGAGAAGAUGUAUACGUAUAUUCUCUAGCUCACAUAUAUGUCGUGACUCGUGUAUAGAUAUUUGCACACACAUACUUCAAUUCAAGCAUCACAUUUUCAAGAAAAUGGCUUCCCUCGUGUUAACAGUUUCACUUCUCUUGGCAACUUUCGCUUCUUCUCUUGUAGAGACUGCUCAUAGUAAUAAUGUAACCAUCCCCAGGGUAUCACUAAAUGUAAUUGAUGCUUGCUGGCGAAGAAACCCUAAUUGGGCCACUAACCGUCAAGCCCUAGCACAUUGCGCGGUAGGGUACGGGAAAGCCGCAGUAGGGGGGAAACACGGGCCGAUCUACGUGGUUACAAACCCAUCAGACAACCCUACAAGCCCUAGCCCCGGAACCUUAAGAUUUGCGGUGACCCAACCAAAACCACUAUGGAUCACAUUCGCACGUGACAUGGUGAUAGUGUUGAAAAGCGAGCUCAUGGUGAACAGCUACAAGACGAUCGAUGGGAGAGGGGCAAAAGUUGAAAUAGCCAACGGGCCAUGCUUAAGGAUCAAACAAGUGAGCCAUGUCAUUAUACAUGGUAUUAGUAUCCAUGAUUGUAAACCAGGUUCCAAAGGAUGGGAUGGUGACGGAAUACGAGUUUUUCAAUCUACACAUGUUUGGAUCGAUCAUUGUUUCUUUUCUCGGUGUCAAGAUGGUUUGAUCGAUGUGAUUCUUUCUUCUACGGCUAUCACUAUUUCUAAUAACUACUUCACGCAGCAUGAUAAAGUGAUAUUACUCGGACAUGAUGACAAUUACAUGGGAGAUAAAAUCAUGAGAGUUACCAUUGCAUUCAAUACUUUUGGACCGGGUCUGAUUGAGAGAAUGCCUAGGGUGAGGAGAGGGUAUGCGCAUGUAGCAAACAAUAGGUACGAGAAAUGGCAAAUGUAUGCGAUUGGAGGAAGUGCUAAUCCAAUUAUCUUUAGUGAAGGCAACUACUUCGUUGCUCCCGACAAAGCUAGCAACAAACAGGUGACGAAGAGAAUGGGUGCGGGACCUGAUUCUAAAAGAUGGAAAUGGGGUACGGCUAAAGACGUUUUCAUGAACGGAGCUUUCUUCGUGCCGUCUGGCGGAAUAGUCAGGCCAUUGUACAAAGCAGGAGAGGGGUUUCAGGUCGCCCAUGGCUCUCUCGUCCCUUCUCUUACUUCCUCUGCCGGUCCUCUCCGUUGCUACGCAGGCAGGAUUUGCUAAUCAAUUUACCCAUCUUUAUAUCAUUGUAGUCUCAAACUUAGGCAAAUUAAUUAACAAAAAAAAAAGAAAAACUUGGGAAAACGAAAAGACAAAAGAAAAAUCAAAUCAUUUAAUUGCCAACUCUCUAGUCUCAUGUCAGACACAAGUUUAGAGCGACAUUCUCUGCUACUCUUAAGGUAUGCUCUUCAAACAACAAUUUAUUCACUAUGGAGAGAAAGAAACAAUCGCUUGACAAAAAACACAAGAAGAAUCAAAUCGUUGAUCCCACUUCACCAUACGAUGCACCAUGGCAAGAGUUGCAUCACUAACAACCUAAUCCUAGUCUUAUUAUACUUGUUUACGUAGGAUUCUUACAUUUAUCUAUAUAGAAUUAAUUUUGUCGAGAUCA